AUGGUGGAAGAGGGGCUGCUCGAGCGAGUCCCCGAAGAGAUGCUAGCAGAGACAGAGGAAAGGAUGAAAUACGAGGGCUUGUGGGCGCACUUCUGGUGCAGAUGGGGCCUCGGCUAUCUGUUGAGGAGGUAUAUUUCCCAGGCCAAUGCGCACCUGCGCCUGGGAGUGCGAGCCGACGUUGCGUUUGAGAGAGGUGGGCAGGUGACUGUGCGCGGCAGCGCACGUGUCUGUGGUGGAGCAUCGUCUGUGCAAGCUCAGGCAGAUGUGGUCAUUCUAGCUGUCCCAGCACCUGAUGCAGUACAGGUGGUGCAGCUGCCGCAGAAGGUUGCAAGCAUCAUGUCAGGUAUCGAGUAUGACAGCCGCACGGCCGUCGCUCUUUUCUUCGACCCGGUUCUGCAGGAGCCUGUCGCCCGUGCCUUUCAGGGGCUCGCAGAAGUAUCCCUGGAUAUCCAUUCAAAAGAAGAAUUGCACCUGGUGGCCUGGCAGAAUGUCAAGGACAGGAGCUUCGCUCAUGGUGAGAUCGUUCGACUGGUGGUACAUUCCGCGAACGGGAUUUCACUGGACGGGCCAGGUCCUGCUUUAGAGGCCCUUGCAGGCAUGCUCCAACUGUCAGCUGCUUUGCUUGAGCAUCUUCUUCUCGACUGGAAAGUGGUGGAUUGGAAAACUUGCCAGAUGGUGCGGCCCUUCGAAAGUCUCCAGACCGACCUCGAGCUCUCGGAACCAGCGUUGUUGCUUGGUGACAGCAACGGUUCGAUCAUCCUCGCAGGCGAUUACUGGUGCCAGAGCAGCUUUUUGGGCGGCUUCUGCUCGGCAAGCGCCGCAGCUCGCCAAGCCCUGGCAAGUCUGAGGCGUUGA